CUUUAAAACAGACCAAAGUCUUUACCAUUAUGCGCUUGAAUGUCAGGAAAAGAAAUCAAGCCUGCCCACGUUUCAACAAACAUUUGUGUCGAUGGGCAACUCUACCGAGGCUGUGGGGCUCCCCUAUCCGUUCUAAAGUAGCUCUCCAAGAUUAACCUGACUUGAAACCAUGACAUGGAUACCUCAGAAGGCCGCCAUCUCCCCGAUACUCAUCACGCACCUUCGUUACGAUGGAGAAAGUUCGGCUUCUUGGUGUUUCCUCUUCUCAUCGUUCUGCUUGCUAUGUUUGCCGGAAUCAAAGACACCGAUUAUUACAGGCUGAAGUACUUGAAAUCAAGCUUCGGUCUGCCACUUAGAUCUUUAUUCGUGGAUAAGUUUUUUGGGUUUCCAAGAAAUCAGAAGGGGAAGGCCGACGCCCCUCCGCGAUGCGUUCUCUGGAUGGCACCCUUUCUUGCCGGAGGGGGGUACAGUUCGGAAGCUUGGGCUUACAUCACCGCAUUGGACAGAAAACGAGGAGACCAAUUCAGAUUGAGGAUACUGCAACAUGGUGACCUUGAAAACAUUGAGUUCUGGGAUGGGUUGCCUGAUAAUGCAAAGGAUCUCGCUGUUAGACUCUAUGCCACAGAAUGUGACAUGGAUGAGACCAUCGUCAUCUGUCACAGUGAGCCUGGGGCAUGGUAUCCACCUCUGUUUCAGACCUUACCCUGCCCGCCUAGCGGAUAUGAAGACCCAGCAUACGUGAUCGGCAGAACCAUGUUUGAAACUGAUAGAGUUAAUCGGGAACAUGUUGAGCGCUGCAACCGCAUGGAUUCUGUUUGGGUCCCUACGGAUUUUCAUGUCAAUACUUUUACAGCAAGCGGUGUUGAUCCUUCCAAGGUCGUGAAAGUGGUCGAAUCUGUUGACACCGAGUUCUUCGACCCAGCAAAAUGGGAACAAAUGAGGCUCCCAACAAAAGGGUUGGUUAUAGGCUAUAACUCUGGUACAGAAUUCAUACCCAAGAACCAGUUUGUGUUUCUGAGUAUUUUCAAGUGGGAGAUCAGGAAAGGUUGGGAUGUCUUAUUAAGAGCAUACUUGAAAGAGUUCAGUGCUAGUGAUGGAGUGGUGUUGUACUUGGUUACAAAUGCAUAUCACUCUGAUAGAAACUUUGGUGACAGGAUCAAAAGGUUUGUUAAUGAUUCUGACAUAGAAGAGCCUCCUUCUGGAUGGGCACCAGUUUAUUUGCAUGAUACCCACAUACCUCAGAAUAAGCUGCCUGAGAUUUAUCGUGCAGCUGAUGCAUUCGUGCUGCCGUCAAGAGGGGAAGGUUGGGGCCGGCCACAUGUAGAAGCCAUGGCGAUGUCAUUACCAGUGAUUGCCACCAACUGGUCGGGGCCAACUGAAUAUAUGACUGAGCAGAAUAGCUAUCCAUUGCCUGUGGAUCAUAUGGGUGAAGUAACUGAAGGGCCUUUCAGUGGCCACCUGUGGGCUGAGCCCUCUGUUGAUGAUUUGAGAAUUCUCAUGAGAAAGGUGGUAAAAGAACCUGAUGAGGCAAGAGAAAGAAGUAAGCAGGCCAGAGAAGAUAUGGUUAGGAGAUUCUCACCGGAAAUUGUUGCAGAAUUUGUUAUGCAUCAGAUCGUGAAGGCUCCGAAGAAGACGGGGAGACGAUGAAUGAAUACCCUCUCGCAAUUGGCACCCAUCUUUUGUCCUAUGACGUUGAAUGUUAACACGGCAAGAACGCUACGACGUUUGGCGCACUACUUGUUUGAGGAUAUGCUCGGAUUUUGUUUCAUGAAACGUUUUACAGUUCUUGUAAUUGUUAUUCUCAUUAAUUUGCAACUUAACAAAAAUUUGCCCAAA